GAAAUACAUAAAUUUAACGUAUAUAAAAUAAGGAACCGCGGCCAAAAAAUGUGGUAAAACGUCUUCUUGGGAAGAUGACGACCUGUAGGUGUAACCGAUUCAUCCUAUAUUGAUUAAACUAAUCACCGACCGAUCCAGAGAGAUAGAAAAAGACGUAAUCCUCUUUUAAACCCGAUCGAGUCACACUCACAAAAACAAUAACUGUUGUUAUUCCCUUAAAAUCCUCCCAUUCUUCUCUUAAUUCUCUGCUCUUUUCUUGAUUCCGACUCAAAUCACCAAACUUGGAUCUCGCACCGGUUUCUUUGUUUCAGGUAACAUUCAUUGCAUCAUCAUCACUCACAGAUUUCUCCAAUUUUCAUUUAUGCAUCAUCAUUGUUAGCUUCAUCAAUCUCAUUAGAAUCCGAUCAACAGAGAGAGACAGAGUCUUUUUUGUGUGUGUGUUGAAUUAAGUAAUGGUAAGACGUGCUCAUAUGUUGUUAAUGCCCCCAUGUGUCGUGGUUAGCGGCCAAAAAAAAAAAAACUUGUAUGCAACUUGAGUUAAUUAUUAAUACUAGCUAGUAUUUUAAUGAGUAUAGUAGUAUAUGAAUAGUGGGAUCUCAUGAAUGAAUGAAAUGUUUGUUUGUCUGUGAGGAAACAUCUGUUGCUGUCACGAGUUAAAACCAAGCUAAUAAUGUCCGUAAAGUGUGAGCAACCUUGUGCUCUCAUGUUCUCUUGCUUGCUUCUCAAGAUUAUUAUCAUCAUGAUGAAUAUCUCAGCCUUCUUAUCUUAUCCGACUUUUCUUUUUUUUGACUAAGACAAUAAAGUUUCUUGCUUUCUUCUGCAGAAUGUGAUUUUGAGAAUCUAGUUCAACUUUAUUGUUAGUCUCUGCAGAGAUUUUUCCAGGUGGUUAUUGUGGAUUAGAAGGCGAUGAAGAGAUUCGAGAGGCCAAGAACUUCGACUCACUCGCAGCCAAGAACCAGUACCAAUUCAGCGAAGAAAGAUCAGAAACCGCGUAGUAGUAGUAAAGGGAAUGGUUUGAAACCGUUGAAUGCGGCUCAGCUGGUUUCCAGAGUUUUAGAUGCGACUGCUUCUGAGCCUUCAUCAAUAGCUGUAACUGAUUCAACUACUGGAUCAGAGUCUUCUGAAGUCUAUGACAAUGUGAAUGUGCAUUACAUGGAUGAUGCUAAUGAUAAAUCAAGAAAUGAUGGGAAUCUGGUGGAUUGUCAAGAAGAAGGUAAUGGUGAUGAAUCAGACACUGAAACAAACAAUGAUUCUGUGUUUUCUUCUCAAGGUGAUUUGUUUUCCCAUGAAGAUAAGAAAUCAGAAAGGCCAUCAAUGGUUUCCAAGAGCAAAAGCUCUCAGGAUACACCCUUUACAUCUAAAGGACGUACCAACAUUGGUGAUUCGGUUAGAUCUCGAUCCAAUACCUUCCACGGCUCUGCUAGAAAGACCGUAAGAUCAAGUAAAAGUCAGGCAAAAGCUUUGUCUGAAUUCUCAUCUUAUAGAAGCUCUGAAAACCACAGGGCUCUCUCUCCUGCUUCACCAGUUGAUUCCACGUCUUUUGAGGAGGCGAAAGAAGAUGAUGAGUUUGAAGAUGCCUUGAAUAGCGUUAAUAACACUGAAAGUGACAAUGAAACACUUGUGUACAAGGAGAACAAAAGGAGUGAAGUGGAGAAAGUCUUAGCUCAAAAGAUUGAGACCAUGGAAACUCGAAUCGAGAAACUUGAAGAAGAGCUGAGAGAAGUUGCUGCUCUUGAGAUGUCACUAUACUCUGUAUUUCCAGAACAUGAGAGCUCAUCACACAAGCUGCACAAACCUGCAAGAGACCUUUCUAGACUCUAUGCACUUGCUAGAAAAAAUCAGAGUGAAAACAAGUUAAUCUCAGUAACCAAAAACAUUGUGUCUGGUCUGUCCUUGUUGCUAAAAUCCUCUGGAAGUGAUGUAUCGAGGUUAACUUACUGGUUGUCCAACACUGUCAUGUUGCGAGAGAUCAUUUCACAGGAAUUUGGUGGCACAAAUCUAAAAGGACUAAAUUCUCUUGAAGAAGAUUGGACCAAUGUGAGAACUCUGAUAGUGGCAUUAAGAAGAGUUGAAUCAUGUUUAUUUACCCAAGCAGUUGAAUCUAUAUGGUCACAGGUAAUGAUGGUUCAUAUGAGACCUCAAGGAGUAGAUUCGACGAUGGGUGAAAUGAUCGGUAAUUUUUCAGAACCAGCAACAUGUGACCGGUUACAAGAGAGCUUUUCUGUUAACCUAUGGAAAAAGGCUUUUGAGGAGGCUCUUCAGCUGCUCUGUCCUGUUCAAGCAACAAGGCGUCAAUGUGGUUGUUUGCAUGUAUUGAUCAGAAUGGUAAUGGAGCAAUGCAUUGUAAGACUUGAUGUGGCUAUGUUCAAUGCUAUUCUCCGUGAGUGGGCUCAUCAGAUACCGACAGACUCUGCCUCUGAUCCCAUUGCUGACUCAAGAGUUCUGCCAAUUCCAGCAGGGGUUUUGAGCUUUGAAUCUGGGGUGAAACUAAAAAACACGAUUGGCUACUGGUCGAGAUUGCUGACAGACAUCUUUGAGCUCGAUGUUGAUCAUUCUUCGGAAAAGGAGCAACAAAUGCAAAGAGGAGAUGAGACAUUUAAACCUUUCCAUUUGCUCAAUGAACUGAGUGAUCUCCUUAUGCUUCCAAAAGAAAUGCUUGUGGAUAGUUCCACCAGAGAUGAGGUCUGCCCAUCAAUUGGCCUGAGUUUGAUAAAAAGGAUGUUAUGCAAUUUCACCCCGGAUGAAUUUUGCCCGUACCCUGUUCCAGGAACUGUUCUUGAGGAACUCAAUGCUCAGAGCAUACUUGAGAGUAGAAGCUCAUCUGGAGAUGCAACUAGAUGCUUUCCUCGGCAAGUCAAUCCGGUUUCAUAUUAUCUCCCUUCUUGUAGCCACUUGACAGACAUUGUUGCAGAGUUCAGUGUCACACUUAAGCUUUCUAUGACACAAAAAAAAGGAUACAGCCGCAACGAGGAGGUAGAAACAUCAAGAUCUCCUCCAUACUACAACAUCCUUAAAGGGGCUGAAGAAAAGGAUACCAUCAAUUUUUCUCAGACUAACGAAAGAUACAGACUCCUUGGAGCCUAAACCUGGCUUAAAUGACCAGAAAGCGCCUGCAGAAAUUCAAAGCUCAUUGGGAAGUACACUCAAAAUCCAAUUCUUAUUAUCCUUGAACAUCAAAUGACCAAUGUACAUUAAUACAUA